AUGGAUCUCGACAACUACGAUGAAUUUGGCAAUUAUAUCGGGCCCGAGUUGGAGGGCUCUGAUGAGUCUGAGGAUGAGGAGGCGGAGAUGGGUGCAGCAGCAGCAGCAGCAGCAGCAGCAGCAGGAGCAGCAGCAGGAGCAGGAGCAGGCGGGGGUGGAUCAGUCGUUGGGGGUGAAGGCGACUUAGUGCGUAGAGGUCUUGUACAGAUGGAAGAAGACGAGCAGCAGCAGCAGCAGCAGCAGAAGCCUGUGCCUCACGAAUUGAAGCAAUAUUAUCCUACAGCAGCUGAGGUGUAUCCUGAGGCUGAGACAAUUGUAGAAGAAGAAGAUUAUCAGCCUAUUACAGAGCCUAUAAUAGCUCCUGUUAAACAAUAUACCUUUGAUUUAUUAGAGUCGCAGCUGCCUGAGACGACGUUUUCUUUUGAUUAUCUCGCCCGUUUGAUGCAUACACCUCACUGUGUACGAAAUAUAUGUUUAUUAGGCGGCCUACAUACGGGUAAAACUUCUUUUGUUGAUAUGCUUAUAGAAGAGACGCAUCCAGACAGACUCCCUGCAGGUUUAUCUUUGCUUACUCAGCAUAUCGAGGCGCCGCAUGCAAACAAGAGACAUCGUACUUUCUUUAGACGCUACACAGACACCCGAGAAGAUGAACAGAAGAGAGGUCUUUCUAUUAAAGCUGUGCCUGUCUCUCUUCUUCUGCAAACUUCUAAGCACUUCAGAGCAAGACAGAUUAACCCUGCUAUUCAAGCAACGCAGCAGCAGCAGCAGCAGCAAGAUGCAGCAGCAGCAGAAAAUCCAGAUGCAGCAGCAGCAGCCGACGGCACAGACAAGAAAAACGAUGCUGCUGAUAACAGCAGCAGCACCAACAGCAGCAGCAGCAGCAGCAGCAGCAAGAGCAACAGCAGCAGCAGCAGCGAAUCUGAGGGUGUUGUAUAUGGAGGGUCUAGGAGUUAUUUAUUUAAUAUUAUCGAUACACCCGGACAUGUCUGCUUCUCUGAUGAAGCAUCUGCUGCAAUGAGGCUGUGCGACGGAGCAGUUUAUUUUAUUGAUGCUCUUGAAGGCGUCCCUGCAUCUGCUGCAGCACAACUCGCGCAGGUGUUAGAAGAAGGGAUUCAAUUGAUUGUUGUUAUUAAUAAAUUAGACAGAAUUAUUCUAGAGCUGCGGCUCAGACCUCAAGACGCCUUCUAUAAAAUCAAAUGCAUGCUUGAUGAGCUGAACGAGACGCUGGAGACGCUGUGCAAUGUGCGGGGCUUAGAACGCGUCGUCAUAUCUCCUCGCAAUAGAAAUUUAUUAUUUUCAAUGAGUCAGUUCUCUUUUGUAUUUUCAGUAGAGUCUUUUGCUGCUCUUUACUUUGACUCCUAUGUCUUUAAUCCAACUGCAGCAGCAGCAGCAGCAGCAGCAGCAAAUGCAAAUGGAAAUGCUGCAGAUAAUGAUGAUUCAAAGGCAACAGGUAAUAGCAGAAACGGCAGCAGCAGCAGCAGCAGCAGCAAAAACAGCAGCACAGCGCUCUUUGGUGGUGUACCGCUGCAAAAGCUGCUGCAGGAGGAGGCACUGCAGCAGCAGCAGGAGUACAGCAGCAGCAGCAGCAGGCGUAAGAAGCAAAAAGAAGCAGAAGAAGAAGAUCUAGACGCACAGCAAACCAGCACCCCUGAUGAUGUCUAUACACAACUUGAAUUGUUUGAGAUUGCUCUUUGGGGGGACUUCUACAGAGACCCUCAAACUAAUAAAAUCGUCUCCUCUCCUCCAUACCCUGACGCUCCGCGUUUGUUUACGGAGUUUAUUUUAGAGCCUCUUUAUAAAUUGCUGGCGCACUGCGUAGCAGAAGAAAGACCGACGCUUGAACCCACCCUUGCUGAGGAGGGUGAGGCUGCAGCAGCAAUGAAGAGAGCUGACAAGAAGUCGGAUUGUUUGAUGGUCUACACUACAAAAAAUUAUCAUCGCCCUGGAAACUUCGGUGCCUUCGAUUUGCUGGGAAGAGUUAUGAGCGGGACGAUAUAUAAAGGAGAGAGAGUGCGGGUGCCUAUACACCCCAGAUAUAACACUGCAGCAGCAACAGCAACAGCAACAGCAGCAGCAACAGCAGCAGCAGCAGCAGCAGCAGAAGCAGGCGGAGCAGUAGUCAACCAGCAGCAGGAGCCGCAGCAGAAGCAGCAGCAGCACGAGAAGCAGCAGCCGAAGCAACAGCUCUGUUGCACAUACGAGCACACGCAUUUAGGCAGAUAG